UGUCCCGGGGAAGGUCGGGUGAGGCAGACGUGGUGCGGUUGGCGGCACUGGAGGAAACGAACAGUACCCUGAGACAACAACUGGAGGAGCUUGAGAUAUUAACACGCCAGCACCACACCCUUCAGCGCCACGUUCAGGAGAAGGACCUGGAGUGUGUCACCCUCAAGGAGAAACUCAAACUUAAGAACGAACUCUGCCACGAUCUGGAUGCCACCCACCACCACCCACAUAAGGAAUCCCAGUUGGCUCGUGUUAUCGAGAAGAACACAGAACUAACGAUCCAGAACUCUGACCUUCAGAAACAGUUACAAGAACUGCAACAUGUUAGCGAGGAGUGCAGGACCUUGAAGCAUACACUUACACAAGUGGAGACUGACUGGUCCUCGGCCAAGGUUCAAGUUGGAAGUCUACAGAACAAAUUCGGCAACCUGGAGUCUGUACUUCGGCUUGAAGAUGUGUAUGGAUUUGCUGACGGUUCGAGACCCCGAGGGGGCAGCAGUCUCGAGACCGUCUUGAUUCAAAUGAAAGAUGCUGCCGACAAGCGGCGAGACUUGGAGAGGCAACAUGCCGAGGCUCUGGCCCAGCUGCGCGAGAGACAGGCGUCCAUUGCUGAUCCUUCGAAGGCCAACGAGAAGGAACGCAAGGCUUCCGUCGAGGUAGUCGAAGCUCUGCAGUCAAAAAUCCGUGAGUUAGAAAAGAAGGCCGAGGUGCAGAACCUCAGACAUGAAGAACUUCUGCUGGAGAUGCAAAGCCUGAAGAAGGCACAAACUUCAUCGAAAAGCUCUUGGACGAGAUCUCUCAGUGCUGACCUCCAGAGUCCUGAUUCAGGAGAUGUUACCCCAG